UCGACUGAAACUUUUUCUCAGUCUCAGCAAAAUUUAAAAAAACAGAAGCAAACAACCGGAAGCCUCCCACUUGUACAUUAAAACAAUCCAAUGUCCAAUGUUCGAUUUCGUAGCAAAUUUUAAACUGGCAAUACGUUUGUUUGUGUUUUUCUUUCCUAUUAACUUUUAUUCUUCAGUGAUAUCACAUGUUAUAGGGUGAAACAACACCCUUUCAAUAAAUAUCCUCGUUUACGCUACCUCAGAAGAUCAAAUAUGAAGUUUAUGGGAAUAGAGUUCGCUCCUCUUUCUAUACCUUUGGAAAGAAGAAUACAGACAUUAGCAGUAUUUUACUAUUGUUCAAAUUUUUUAUUGCUAGGUUUUAUGACAUUUGCAAUUUUAGGUUAUUUGUGUUUCACUCAGUAUUACUAUAUACCUCUUUUUUAUGCAAUUUGGUUUUUAUAUGAUUAUAAAACACCUGAACAAGGUGGACGGCGCUGGGAAUGGUUGCGAAAUUGGCGAAUGUGGAAAUACUUUGCCAGUUACUUUCCAAUCAGUCUUAUCAAAACUGCUGAUUUUGAUCCAAAUAAAAAUUAUAUUAUUGGAUAUCAUCCGCAUGGUCUUUUAGGUUUUGGAGCUUUUACUACUUUUGGAACUGAAGGAGUUAAUUUUAAAGAGACGUUUCCUGGCAUUACACCUCGUCUAUUGACUCUUCAAGCACAGUUUAACCCUCCUCUUCACCGAGAACAUAUCAUGUGUGCAGGAGUAUGUUCUGCAUCCAAAGAAAGUAUUAAUUGGGUUUUAACCAGGGAAGGAAAAGGAAAUGCACUCGUGAUAGUUCUUGGAGGAGCUGCUGAAGCAUUGGAUGCACAUCCUGGGCAAGCCACUUUAGUUUUAAGGAAAAGAAAAGGAUUUGUAAAAUUAGCUCUUAAACAUGGGGCUUCAUUAGUUCCUUCGUUUGGGUUUGGAGAAAAUGAUCUUUUUGAACAAGUUGAAAAUCCUCGAGGAUCAGCUUUACGAGAGUGGCAGGAUAAAAUUAAGGAUUUACUUGGCUUUUCCACUCCUAUUUUCCAUGGAAGGGGAAUUUUCCAAUACAAUUAUGGAUUUUUACCUUAUAGAAAACCCAUUAAUGUCGUGAUUGGAAAACCAAUUGACGUGGAAAAAAUUCCUCAUCCUACUGAAGAAGACAUCAAUAAGUUGCACCAAAAAUACAUCGAUAGCUUAACAGCAUUGUUUGAAGAACAUAAAGUUAAAUAUUCUCCUGAUGUUCAACUUAUUAUUUAGUGAAGUAUUAUUUUAACUUUCGCUCAAUGUGAUUUCUGUGAUUUUUCUUUCAUAAAAAGUAUUACUGUGAUGAUUAUUUUAUGUAUGAGCUAAAUGCCAAAUAUUUUUAUUGCGUGGAAAUUUAUUAAAACAUGUUCAGGUAUCAUGGAUUUGGAGACAUGUUUUUUUUUUCGAAAUAAAAAGUAUAUUUACAAAGUG